AUGAAUUACAAAUUAAUACAAAUUACUUCGUCUCUUCUUUUAAUGUGCUUAUGUGAAGCAUACAGUAACGAGAAAAAUAAUAAUAAUGGGACUAUAUUUACCAAAUCAAAUCGAUUGUUAUCUGAGCCAGAAAACAAUGAAAUGGGAGAAGGAUUAUAUGAAGAAAAUGUAUCACUAUAUGAUGACAAAGAGCCUAUAAGCGGCGACCAAGAAUCAAUUUUUGAAGAUCAAACAAAUAAUGAAGAUCAACCAAUUUUUGAAGAUCAAACAAAUAAUGAAGAUCAACCAAUUUUUGAAGAUCAAACAAAUAAUGAAGAUCAACCAAUUUUUGAAGAUCAAACAAAUAAUGAAGAUCAACCAAUUUUUGAAGAUCAACCAAUUUUUGAAGAUCAACCAAUUUUUGAAGAUCAACCAAUUUUUGAAGAUCAACCAAUUUUUGAAGAUCAACCAAUUUUUGAAGAUCAAACAAAUAAUGAUGAUCAAACAAAUAAUGAAGAUCAAACAAAUAAUGAAGAUCAACCAAUUUUUGAAGAUCAACCAAUUUUUGAAGAUCAAACAAAUAAUGAAGAUCAACCAAUUUUUGAAGAUCAAACAAAUAAUGAAGAUCAACCAAUUUUUGAAGAUCAAACAAAUAAUGAAGAUCAAACAAAUAAUGAAGAUCAACUAAUUUUUGAAGAUCAAACAAAUAAUGAAGAUCAACCAAUUUUUGAAGAUCAAACAAAUAAUGAAGAUCAACCAAUUUUUGAAGAUCAAACAAAUAAUGAUGAUCAAACAAAUAAUGAAGAUCAACCAAAUAAUGAACCAGUAAUGAAAAUUUAUGUCCCAAAAGACCCACCUUUUGCAAAAACAAAAAUAAACACCACUCCAAAACCAAAUAUAAGAACAGGGAUACCACCAGAGCACAUACAAAUUAUAGAAAUGCCAUUUAGAUCACCUACUCCUCCUCCACCACCAGUAAAGGUGACCUACAAAACCUCAGUAAUCCCAAAACUUAAAUUAAAAAAACCAUCUCAACCGGUGGAUAAUUCAUGUGACAUGUAUCCAAACAGUAAAGAAAUUGAAGAUGAUAUGAUCGAGUGGGAUAACUUUAUAUAUGUAAUUGAUAACGUUGAUUCAGAUGAUCCAGGCUUAGAAGAUUAUUUGAAAGAUAAAGUUUAUCCAUAA